GGAGGAAAUUUCUUUCGAAACCGGACGGAAUGUCGCUCGCUGUCGUGAAUUGGAACCGUCGUCGUAAUCGCCGCCGUCGCCGUCGUCGGUCUGGUUGACAUUCCUCGGUUUUUGUGCGGGAUGUGUGAUGAGUGUCGUGGAGUGUUAAGUUUUAGUGAUUCGAUCGGGGCAGAUUAAGUGAUAAAUUUUCGUGCGGCGUAAAGUGUCUUAAGUUUGUCAUCAGAGGGAAGUUGUAGGGCGAUUUCACUUCUCGAAAUCCGAAGGCGAAAAAGGACCGAGAGCGAGGAGAGUCGGGAGUCCACCCACCCGAGAGAGGACAAUGUUGAUUAAGGAUAGCUGAUGCCGCAUGGUGCGGAAGUGUUGGUGCGUAGGGAGAGAGUCGUUUGUUAAGUUCUCUUCGCUCACGCUCGACGUCGACUCGUGAGUCGUGCAGGAUUUCCCAAUGGGGCAUGCUUCUGGUGAGGGUUGUGGCGGUGAAGUUGUGUUCGCCAGGACGAAAAUGCACUUUUCCUUAACGGUGCCGCCGCCGGACGAAUGCUGCCUCGGUGAGAAUGUAAUGGUGGUGUGUUUUCCUCUCGAUCGACCAGAGCCAGAGUCGGCAGCAGUUGCAGCAGCGAUGAAAAAUCAAAAUUAUCAAUCUUCCCUUUCGUAGCAGUCAGUCUUUGGCGGAUAUUCGGAGGAACGCGUCGUCGUCGUCGUCGCGUCUCGCUGUCUCUCUGACGAAAAAGUGCGUCUGUGUUUUUCCCGACGAGCGAUAUAUUUUCCGACCGUUGUGUUGAAACACGUUGCUGAAGUGCAGCACACGCGAAUGUGGGAUCGUUACAACGGGUCGAUCGUGAGGAUCUUAAACCAGAGGAGGAGCAUGCCAACGUGUUAAUACUCGAAGUGAGAUGACGAUCGCCCGAAGCGCGGUUUCGUCGUGUGGGUGGUAGAAGUUUAGCCGUGACGAGUGGAAAAUUUCCAAAAUCCAAAUAAUAAAAAACCUAAAAAUAAGAAAAGUGCUCUACGUGAGGGAAAACGGUGCAUCAGAUAAACAAAUUUGACAUUGCAUCCGUAAGAGUGAGUGACAAACGGUGGGAGAAAUGUGGGACAACAGCCGGUCAGCAGAGCCGAAAAUCGAUUGACACCCGGAAAGUGGUCAUAGGAGCAAAGAGGUGCUUGUUCUUAAAGGUGCCAAGUGAAAGGCUUUAAGGCGGGGACAGGUGAAUCUGUUAGCACCGUGUCAAGCGCGGAAGAAAGCCGGCGAAUAUUUUGAUGAAUGUUUGCGGUUUUACUUGAAAUUUGUCCGGAAGGAAAGAAAAGAAAAAAGUCUCUCCGUUCCCAGCAACAAGUGUUGUUAGUUGAAGAAGAUUUCCUUCUCGGUUGAAAAAAAAGUGAAAAGUGGAAGUCAAUCGAAGAAAAAGGGUAUAAUCCCUAAAAGUCUGAUAGUAAGAAGCUACCGCAAAGAGAGAGAGAGAGAAAAAAAGGGGGAGAAAGCGAAUCAAGAGGUGAAAGAAGAGGUGGUGUUCCGUAUUUUUUCCGUUUCCGUUUUCCGUGCAAUCAAUCAGUGCGUUUUUCUUUUGCGUGUCUAAGUGCGUGUCCAAAGUCUUUUCUUUUCCUCCUGUUCUCGUGUCAUAUCGUAUAUCUGUGUGAGUGUCCAACCCUUCGUCCGCGACAAGAAAAUUCAUAUUUUAUAAAAAAAAAGAAGUGUUCCUUUCAAUAAUCACCCAUCAACAAUGCUUAAUUCGUUGGAAGCGUUGGCCGGCAAGAUUUCGCCUGGUUCCGGCAAGAGUUCUCCCUCGUCCGGGAUCGAUAGCAACGGCAACAAGGUGCUGCUCGGUGGAUAUGGCCAUCAUCACCAUCAUCUGCUGAGUGCGGCCAAGCAUCCCUACCAGAAGCCCGGGCUGAGUAACAACAACAACAACAGCAACGUGGUGAACAAUGCCGCUCUGAUCAAUGGGGGCGGAGCGUUGGCUGCUUCGGUGGUGGCCACGCCCCAGGUGAUCGCAGCCAGCAUCGGAAGCAGCAAUGGCACCGGCCCGGGAGGCGAUCUGCACCUGCUGCAUCACCAGACGGCGGCCGCCCACCGGGGACUGCCGGAUGUGGCUGCCGAGGUGGCGACCAUGCAGAUCGAGAUGAGCGCCAAAGAAAAUGCCCUCAUGAAUAUGAACAAUAACAACAGCAGCACCGCCAACAAUAACCUCAGCCCCGCCAGCAACAACAAUAACAAUCAUACCACGCUGAACAACAACAACCCCAAUGUGAUAAACCAGAACAACCCGAACAUCAUCAGUGGUAGCCUGAGCAGCAGUAGUAGUAGUGUGAACAUUCUGGGUAGUAGUGGAGCGGGCAGUCCCGGCGGUGGUGGCCUGCAGCAGCUGAUAGUGACGUCCCGGAAGUCCCCGGGGCCGGGCUAUGGCGAUGAGGACACCGGCGACGAGAUCAUCCGGGACCAGCCGGACCCGGACUAUAUCAAGAUGUUCGUCGGGCAGGUCCCGCGGUCGAUGGACGAACAGCAGCUGAAGGAGAUGUUCGAGGAGUUUGGCCGGGUGCACCAGAUCAACGUGCUGCGGGACAAAACGUCCGGGCUGAGUAAAGGGUGCUGUUUUGUGACGUUUUACACGCGAAAAGCGGCUCUCAAGGCCCAGGAUGCGCUGCACAACAUCAAGACGCUUGUGGGGAUGCACCAUCCAAUCCAGAUGAAACCUGCCGAUAGUGAAAACAGAAACGAACGGAAGCUGUUCGUCGGUAUGCUGAGUAAAAAGUACCAUGAGAACGAUGUGAGGCACCUGUUCUCCGGCCACGGUUCGAUCGAGGAAUGUACGGUGCUGCGGGAUACGUCCGGACAGAGCAAAGGUUGUGCGUUCGUCACGUUUGCUACCAAACAGGCUGCGAUCGGGGCGAUCAAGUCUCUACACCAGAGCAAAACCAUGGAAGGCUGUUCCGCGCCGCUGGUGGUCAAGUUUGCCGACACGCAGAAGGAUAAGGACGCCAAGCGGAUGCAGCAGAUGCAGUCGAACCUGUGGAACAUUGCGGGCAUCAACCAGCCGAUCACGCAGUCGGUGACGCCUCUGACAGCGCCGGCCACUGGCCACCAUCCGAAUCCGCCGCAGCAGCAGACGCCAUUCCUGGCAGCCGAUGCCAUCUCGCCGGCGUCACUUUCGCUGCUGCAGCAGAUUCAGGCGAUGACCCAGCAGCAGCAGUUUUUGCAAGGACUCGGUGCCCAGACUGAUACAACGACGGCAGCUGCCGCGGCUGGACUGUUGAGCCCGCUGUCGAUGCAGAACCUGGUGACCCUGGCGGCCAUGACGCAACCAUCGCUUCAAGCCGCUGCCGCUCAAACACCCACCGCGGCCAUUACCAACGCAGCGACCUCACUGUGGACCGCAGGAGCAGAUGCCACCACCUUGACGCCGUACGCCGCCCUGCCCCAGUUUGGUUCGGCGGCUACAGCAGCAUUCACCACAACGCCUUUACCUAAUCCGACGAUGGCGCAGGCAGUGGCCGCGGCCGCUGGCAAGCAGAUCGAAGGUCCCGAGGGUUGCAACCUGUUCAUCUACCACCUGCCGCAGGAGUUCACCGAUACCGAUCUGGCGUCGACGUUCCUCCCGUUCGGCAACGUGGUGUCCGCCAAGGUGUUCAUCGAUAAGCAAACCAACCUGUCCAAGUGCUUCGGCUUUGUGUCGUUCGACAACGUUGCCUCGGCGCAGGCCGCCAUCCAGGCGAUGCACGGUUUCCAGAUCGGCACCAAGCGGCUGAAAGUGCAACUGAAGCGCUCGAAGGACGCUUCGAAACCCUACUAGGAGCGCGCGUGUGAUGUCAGAGCAGGAAUUCAGCAGCAGCAAAAAUCGGGACAACAGCAACAAUAAAAAUGGGGAAAAUGACUAGCAGAAGGGAAAGACUGGUGUGGAGCAAUUAAUGUCGAGGGGGAGAGUAGCUUCUACGUUCGUCGUCGUUCUGUUCGUAACUUGUCUUGUUGUAAUGGUUCAAAGGAAAGGAACGUUAAAUGUAAUUGUUUCGCGAUAAGCUUAUUUCACAUCAGACAGCAGCACACACAUUGCAAGACGAAGGAGGAGGAGGAUGAUGAAACUAUUGCUUGUGGUGCCCAACAGAAAGAGAGACAAAUGAGACAAAAACCAGCGGACAAGGUUGUGUAUGAAACGUUUUUAUGUCCUGUUUCCAGAUUUUAUGGUGGCCGUUUUCCUGUUUUAACUUUUUCCUUAUUUUUGGUUAACGUUACGUUUCGUUACUUGUUUUAUGAAAGCUAAAGGAGAAAGCCAAAAAUUCCAACUACAAAAAAAAACUAGAUUGGUAGAACCAACACAAAAAGGUAGAAAACUUGCACAAAGCAACAGUAGGAAGGCAAGACGAGCAAUGACCGUGUACCAUAAGCUGGAUUUUGUUGAGUAGUUUAUUUUUUCAUUAACGUUCAAUAUUUUACUUACAACUAUUGAUUAUUAUUAGUUCCACCGCAGCUUAGAGAGAGAAAAAGAGUAGUAGAUUUAGAGCCUGACGGCUGGGAAAGGCAUUGCGCGGGAACGGCCUCUCGGAAAGUUUUACAGUUUUUACGCAGCAGGCAAGGUGUGUUACAAAGUGCAAAUUGUUGUUAGUUUUUCGGAUAGAAUGUGACCAAUUCCGAGAGGAUCGGCGUCCGCACGCAAAAAACCUUCCCAGGGAAAAACCAAAGGCUAGUAGUCAGCUUUUGUUUUGUUGAUUGAUGCUUAUUUUUACCAACCCCCCAAGUGAACUAGAAUUCGUUUUACACCCUACACCUACACGUUAUAAUAGUAGUAGUAGAAGCAGCAGCUAUCAGCCUGAAUUGAAGUGAAUUACUUGUUAAAUACUUUUCACCAACCAUAUGUUUUACGUUUAAGCCAAAAUAUCCCAAGUGAACUUCAUAUUUUGAAUUUGAGUUACGUUAUUUUCGUUUUACUUUACCAUGUUUAACGUGUGCAGCAAGAGUAACGGUUAAUAAUUUAUUUUCACACGCCAAUUACACUCUGAUGAUCAACACACACACACGCAGAACCAUUCAAUCAAUUAGUUAGUAGUUUCACGUAUAUGUAUCGGUUAAGUAAAUGGGAAACAAAAAUGCAAAUGAUAGAAAAGUCAGAGGGAAUUCGUUGUACGUGGAAUGUGUAUACCAACUAAAACACACAAAACGAACUAUUAAAGCACACCACCGUGAGAAAGAGACAGCUAGCAGGAAGAGGUCUGUUACUAGUGGAAGGUUAUGUAUACAUGUAACUAUUUAUGUAUAAUCAGAUUAAAUGUCACUCAUUCAUUAUUCAUUUUCCAACAUCAA